AUGGAACCACUUGCAGUGAACGAGCAUGGCGCGGGAGCGGCCUGGGCGGCCAUUAAGACCGAAGCUGGUGGCACCAAGAAGCGUAAGCGAUUACAGAAGAAAGCACCGGGUGCACCUAAACGUGGCAAGUCUCCGUACAUUCUGUUUUCUAUGGAGAAACGCGAGGAGAUCAAAUCUACAAUGCCCGACAACUCCAAGGUGACGGAUGUGAUGCGUGCCAUUGCUGACGCAUGGGGUAAGAUGAGCGAUGAGGACAAGCAGCCGUGGAAGAUUGCAGCGGAGGCUGACAAGCAACGCUACGAGGAGGAGAUGGCGGCAUACGACGGUCCACUACGCGUACCCAACAAGCGUGCGAAGAAGCAUCCGGACGCACCCAAGCGUGCAUCAUCUGCUUUUCUCUUCUAUAGUCAGGUGAUGCGACCACGCAUUAAAUCUGAACACCAAGACAUGAAGAAUACGGAAAUUUCCAAGCAAUUGGGCGAAGCCUGGGCCAAGGCCACAGACGAGCAGAAAGCCCCGUUUGUUGCAAAAGAAAAGAUCGACCGUGCGCGUUACAAGCGUGAGAUGGAAGAGUGGAACAGCCACAAGGCUGAGCGUGAGUAUAAUGAAUCCCAACAGCAGUACAACAAUUACGCGGCCAUGACGGGCUUUGACCAGAUCAGUUAUACGGGCUCGUACUCAACUACGGAGGUGUAA